UCCAAUUUGAUCUCGGUAUCAACCAGCACCAGUUCGAUCUGUGCAUUCGUCAUUCAUCUCAGCGAAACCACAGCACUUAUCUUGGUCUCUUUUCACCAAUCCCUAAGCGUCACAAUCAACUCAUUCGCUAUCCAAUCUCGAGACCCUGUCUUCCAACCAUGGAAUAUCACUUUGUCCCUCCGGAGGAGCGUGCGAGAAAUGAGAAGGGCGAGCUAUUGCCUUGGGGCUACGUUUACAAGGACGAAUCCCUCAAUCCACGCCGCGCCCCCGAAGAAUCAGGCCCAUUCGGCAAGCGCCGCAACGCCCGUUACGAACACACACGCUCUCGCACCCGCACCGGUACGCCGGCCGCGAAGCGCGAGAACCCUAAUGUGACCGAGUUCGGCCGCCUGUUCGCGGCGCAGCAGGAAGAGGAAAAGGCCCGCAGCAACACGCUGCCCAAGUCGGCGUCGGCGUCGAAUGUCGAGAGCCUGCGCAAACAACAACAACAACAACAACAACACCACCACCAGCAGCAACAGCAAUUACAGCAACAACAACAGCAACAGCAGCAACAGCAACAGCAGGAAGCGGACAAGGUCGCGACAGAGUGUAUCCUGUACGGGUAUAAGAGCAAGGACGGGGAGUGGAAGGUUAUCGACAAGUACGAGCGCAUCUCGCAGGGGUUUAUAUGUGAGGACUACCCGCGGACGGAUCCCAACGCGUCGGCGGGCUUCUCGCAGCUGCUCAGCGGCGGCGACGUGGUGAUCCGGGCGGGCCUGUCGGCGGACGCGAACCGGAAGUCGAAGCGCUAUGCGGGCGGGUACCACUGGAUCAAGGUGACGUUCGACUCGACGGCGGCGGCGGAUCGGGCGUGUUUUUUCUCGCCACAGGAGAUCGAUGGGCAUCUGGUGUUCUGCGAGCUGUAUCACGGUCGAGGCCCCGCGGAGGAUGUGCCGAUCGUAGUCGGGUCGGCCGAGGCCAGGCGGGUGCAGUCCAAGGCGCCGCGGACGCUGUCGACCUCGCAUUCGACGGCCUUCUUGCCCACUGGCUCGGAGAAGGAGCGCAGCACGCUGCCUCGGUCGUUCGGGUUCAACAACAAUCUGUCCGCCACGGUGUCGGAUGUCACGGACGGAGGGGACUCGAUGGACUCGACUCCUACGGCUAGCUCGACCACUGCCACCGGGCUCGAGGGCGCUACCGGUUCCAGCAAUAGCAGCAGCAGCAGGAGUAGUAUGACUAUCCAGCAGCAGCAGCGCGCUCUCACGUCCGCCCCGCCCAAGAAGCCCGAGUCCGAUUUCAUGACCCAUAUCCCCACGGUGCGCCGCACGAAACUCCGCCCCAUGACCGAAGCCCUCCCGCCGCGACUCACCUUCACCGAGAGGGUGCUGCGCACCAUCCCCGUCCUCAGCUGGUUCACCGGCGACAUCGUGGGCGACGGCCCGCAGCUGCGCGACGACGGCGCCUUUGAUUACGACAAGUCCAACACCUACUGGCGGUUCUGGUACAUGAUUGACAGCCUCAUCGGCACCGACAUCUGCGGCCUGAAGGAGGAAUCCUCCGAGGCGAAGGCGGAAGCUGCUGCCACGGCCACCGCAUCGACAACCGCCCUGGAUUCCCCCGCGGCUCUAGCACCACAAAGACAACAUCAGCGCUCCGCGUUCCCAGACAAAGGCGGCCUCUUCUCCCGGGCACCGAUGGAAGCCAUUCAGAACACCAUCACCGAGGACACAAAGGCUCUGCAGGUAACCGGCUCAUCGACAGUCCUCCGGGAUAUGGAUCCCCGUCGGCCAUUUUCAUGGGAUUGAUUUUAUCUUGAAGACAAGACAGAAGAAGAAAAAGCAAGACGAAGAAAGAUAAAGAUACAACUUAUCAACCUAUGUGUCGUCCCGCUAGCUGCUUGCUACCCAUACACUCUUCUCAUGUACAACAACACUCUCGCACAUCUGCCAGCGGUGGUGAUCCUCGGGGAGGAUUAAGAAGAGAAAGGCAAGGAAAUCUCGAGCUUUCAGUCACUCAUUCGACUUGAUGCUUUUAGCCGCUUUUUGAUCGUGUGUGUUUUUUCCCCCUUUUCUGGUGAUGACUCUUUCUGCAUUGCAUAUAUGAUCGUGGUUGAAAAGGGCGUUUUUUUCCUGGCGGAUCUCCCUCAUGUUUUAUACUUGACACUUUGUUGUUUUUUUUUCUUGCACUCAGAGGGACGGAGGGAGAUGACUCUCGUAUAAAACUUCACUGACUACCUAAUGAAUGGCUCCCUGUCUAUACUGGGGAAUUGGGAGGGCGGAAUAUGGUUU